AUGAGACCAACCGAAGACGACAUAAAUAUAUGGAUCGCUGCUGGUGAUGGUAAAAUAGAACGCGUACAGGAGUUAAUAUCUCGAGGCGUCUCACCAAACGCAAAAGAUCAAAAUGGUUAUACGCCUUUGGCCGCUGCAGUGUCUUAUAAUCAUUUAGAAAUUAUAGAAUUACUAAUAUCAAAUGGUGCAGAUGUGAAUGUUCGUGAUAAUGAGGGGGAUACCCCAUUAUGUGUUGCAGAAACGGUGGAGGUCGUUCAGUUACUAUUAAGACAUGGGGCAGAUCCUUUUAUCAGAAAUGUCGAAGGGAAAACGCCAGCACAGGUCGCUUUUGAGGAGGAAUGGUUUGACGUAGCUCAUCUUUUGAGGUCAAUAACCGGAGAACCAGAACCCUUGCGAAACAAUUCUGAUAUUUACCAUGUUCUAAAUAAUGGUAAUAAUUAA